UCACAACAGUGCGCGCUAGCCCGCCGCGCGCAUUGCACGUGGAACUAUAGGAUCGAAUCAACGAUUUUACAAACGUAAAAUUAUAAAGCCGCGUUUGUAGCUAUGCGUCGAUUUUAGUUCGUAUUUAAUUUAUACAUUCCUAAAGUGAUACACAAAGUGAUAUUUUUUUUUAUUAAAUAAUAGAAUAGAAUAGUGUAGAUAUCAAGAUGUACAAGAACAUAUUUUGUUUUGUUAUUUUAAUUAGUUAUGGAUAUGCCAAAAUAUUAAAUUUGGCGGGAGGCCCGAAGUCCAAUUACACAUUCCCCAAGGGUUUCCUCUUCGGAGUCUCUACGGCAGCUCUGCAAAUUGAAGGGGCAUGGAACACAGAUGGUAAAUCAGAAAGUAUAUGGGACCAUUUAGUGCGUGUAAACAAAAACUUCACCAAAGAUGGUUCCACGCCAGACGUUGCCGCUGAUUCCUACCACUUAUACAAACGGGACGUCCAAAUGAUCCGAGAACUCGGCGUGGACAUCUACAGAUUCUCAAUGUCCUGGCCCAGGAUUCUACCAACCGGUUUGGCGAAUCAAGUCAACCCGCUCGGCAUACAAUAUUAUAAGAACUUACUAAGUGAACUUCAGAAGUAUAACAUUACGCCCAUGGUGACUAUAUACCAUUGGGACUUGCCACAGAAGCUACAAGACAUGGGCGGUUGGACGAAUGCUCACAUAGUCGAUUAUUUCACUGAUUACGCGAACGUUUUGUUCGAGAAUUUUGCUGAUAAAGUGAAGUAUUGGAUCACCUUCAAUGAGCCGAUGCAGACUUGCUUGGAAGGUUAUGGGAACACAUACAGAGCUCCUGCGUUGAACCGCCAUGGUGUUGCCGAAUACCUUUGCACACACAACCUCUUGAAGGCUCAUGCGGGUGCUUACCAUUUGUUUGAUCAACAGUAUCGUCCUUUGUAUGGAGGUAAAAUUGGCAUGUCAUUAGACUCAAACUGGGCUGAACCUAAAACCGAUUCUCCGAAGGACCGAGAAGCGGCCGAGCUUUACUUAAAGACUCAUUUAGGAUGGUAUGCACAUCCAGUCUAUUCAGCCGAGGGGAACUAUCCACCUGAGCUGAUAAAACUCGUGGAUGAGAAGAGUCUGGAGCAGAACUACAGCCGCUCCCGUUUGCCCAAGUUCACCCCCGAGGAGGUCACAUACAUACGCGGCACCGCAGAUUUCUUCGGCCUAAACCACUACACGACUUACCUACUCAGUAUGGCCGAGGGUGAAGUCGGAAAAGUUCCUUCACACGAGAACGAUGUUGGCAUCGUUAGAGUUCAAGACCCUAAAUGGCCUUCGAAGAGUUCUUCCUCAUGGCUUAAGGUCGUCCCCUUCGGGUUCAGACGCCUUCUCCAGUGGAUAACGAAAACAUAUAACGUACCGAUAAUCGUCACGGAGAACGGAUACGCAGAUUUUGAUGGAGUGAAGGACUCCGCGCGUGUUUCGUACUACAGCCACUACCUCAACUCGCUGCUGUACGCCAUACAUGAAGACAAGAGCAACGUGGUCGGCUACUUGGCGUGGAGCUUGAUGGACAACUGGGAGUGGGAUGACGGAUACGUGUCCCGCUUCGGUCUUUACUUGGUCGACUUCAACAGUCCGAACAAGACGCGGACGCCCAAGGACUCGGCGAGACUGUUCGCGGGCGUCGUGGCCUCGCGAGGCCUGCCCCCCGACUACGACCCGCAGGACUUCACCGCCUUCUCCGGCGUCUCAGGCCUCGUCCCGACGUUAAUCCCCCUGUUGCCACUACUUAGGCUACUUAUAUGACACGUUUAGUCACUAAGUACGUAUGUAAAACUAUCAUUACAUUAAUUAUUUAAUACCUUAACUUUUUUUUAACUUGAUCCCUAGUAGACUGCGAGACGUGGAGGUUUCCUAUGGAUCGGGUACAGAGAAAUUGUUAAUGUGACUUAUUACUGGCAGGGAUUGAACUAAAAAGGAAAGUACGAAUCUAUGUAAAUGUUAUUUAAAUUAUUCUAUAUUAUUUGAAAAAUAAUUAAAUUACAAUUUUAGUUACCACAAA